AUGGAAUGUCUAGUGGAAGAGGGAAAUGCCACGGCUGUCUUGGGGCCUAUGAUGAUAGCUGUUGAGAGGGGUUGCGUGCCAGUUGUUGAAUGGUUCGUUCAAAGGGAUUGCCUGGAUAUGGAAAUAUGUCUUGCCCUUAUGGCUGCCACCUCCAGCAGUCAAGUAGAUAUUGCAGAAUAUCUUCUCCCGCAUGUUCCACAGCAUGUUCUUUCUGCAAUCAGCAUUGAAAUUCUCGAGGCUACUAGUGAACGGAGUGGCGGAUCUCUUGAUGGAGUGGUAUUUCUCCUGCGUUCCGACUUUUUAGGUGAUCCUACCGCUACUACGCAGUUGCUGACAGCAUUGCUAGAUCUGUUGAAGACGCUGUUGCUCCUAACCUCAAGGCUUUUCUUUAAGCGAAUGGUUAGAUGCGGCUUUUUUGGAUGGACUGAGACAAGGGGAAGUACAUGCCUUGAACCUCGAGCAGAUUGUAAAAUGGGGUGA